AAUUAAAUUCAAAAGACUAUCUUGGGUGGGAAGAAAGUUCUCAGCAGAGACACAGACCCUGAACACCUCCAACAUGAAGCUUAUUCAUAUUUUUCUGUUACUUCUGUGUUUCUACUUAAGUUUUUGCCAGGUUAAAUGGGGAAGACCCAGACAAGACAUGACAACAAAGAAAACUAAGCUCACUUUAACAUCAGACACCCCUCAAGAGGAUCUGGUGGAGAAAACGUGCUUAGCGAAAAAAUACACACACCUUUCCUGCAGUAAAGUCUUCUGUCACCCGUGGCAAAAAUGCAUAGAGGGGACUUGUGUUUGUAAACUCCCGUAUCAGUGCCCAAAGAAUGGCUCCGUGGUAUGUGCAACCAAUGGGAGAAGCUACCCAACAUACUGUCACCUGAAGAGCGUGGAGUGUAUUUACCCAGGAACAAAGUUUUUAAAUAAUGGAACAUGUCCAGCUGAAGGAAAGUUUAGUGUUUCCUUACAUGGGAAUAAAAACUCAGAGGGAGUCGUUGAAGUAAAACUUGUAGACCAAGAUACAAAAAUGUUCAUAUGUCACAGUAGCUGGAGCAUGACGGAAGCCAAUGUAGCCUGCCUUGACCUUGGAUUUCAACAAGGCGCUCUUAAUACUCAAAGAAGGUUUGGUAUUUCUGAAGAACCUUAUAUAAAUUCCACUGAAUGUCUGCAUGUGCAUUGUUGGGGAUUCGAGACCAGUUUGGCUGAAUGUACUUUUACUAAGAGAAGGACUAAGGAAUCCCAGGAUUUAGCUGGUGUGGUGUGUUACACACAGGACGCAGAUUUACCAACGGAUAAAUCCUUUAGGUGUGUGAACGGGAAAUACAUUGCUCAGAGGAAGGCCUGUGAUGGUGUCAAUGAUUGUGGAGACCAAAGUGAUGAGCUGUGCUGUAAAGGGUGCCGCGGUGACAGUUUCUUUUGUAAAUCUGGUGUUUGUAUUCCAAGCCAGUUUAAAUGCGAUGGUGAAGUGGACUGCCUUUCAGGAGAAGAUGAAGUUGGUUGUGAAGGAGCCAGACAUCCUGCAACUCAAGAAGAAACAGAAAUUUUGACUGAUGAUAUGAAUGAAGAAAGAAAAAGGAUAAAGUCAUCAUUCCCUAAACUAUCCUGUGGAGUUAAAAACAGCCUAAUUCCAUACUUAACUUUUUGUCAAUAUAUUUUAUUUCCCUUCUCACCCCCCCCCUCCCUAUUUUUUCUCUGUUAUAGAGUCACUAGAAGUCACCGUUACCAAAUCUGGACAUCAUUAAUAGACUGGAUAAAACCUAAUGCUGAGACAAAAGUUGAACGGGUGAAUAGGAUUAUUAUCCAUGAAAAAUACAAUGGAAGCACCUACCAGAAUGACAUAGCUUUGAUAGAAAUGAAAGGCUACCCCAAACCGGGGAUUUGUAAGCUGCCUAAAUCCGUCCCUGCUUGUGUCCCCUGGUCUCCAUAUCUAUUUCAACCUAACAGUAGAUGCAUCAUUUCUGGCUGGGGUCGAGAAAAAGAUGACCAAAAAGUCUUUGCCCUUCAGUGGGGUGAAGUUUACCUAAUUGGCAACUGCUCUAAGUUUUAUCAAAAUCGCUUCUAUGAAAAAGAAAUGGAAUGUGCAGGUACAGUUGAUGGUUCCAUCGAUGCCUGUAAAGGGGACUCUGGAGGCCCCUUGACCUGUACGGAUGCCAACAAUGUGACUUAUGUUUGGGGUGUUGUGAGUUGGGGUGAAAACUGUGGCCAACCAGAGUUCCCAGGUGUUUACACCAAAGUAGCCAAUUAUUUUGACUGGAUUAGCUACCAUGUGGGAAGGCCUCUUAUUUCCCAGCAUAAUAUGUAAAAUUGUGAUCCUCCUCUUCUUUCUACUCUUUUUCUUUCAGAAGUUCCAUUUUAAUUGAUAUGAAACUGUAUAUUUAAUUUUUCUCUAGGGGAAAAAAGGAAUCAAAUCUCAUUGGGUAUUUUUAAAGGCCUCUACAAAGUUUACACCAUACUGGAAUUUUGCUGUGUAAUUAUCAAAUAAAUAUUUUGGUUAAGCAUAC